AUGGACAUGAAAUGUACAGGAUGGAUGUACCAGGAAGGAGAGCUUGGCAUUAAUGCUUGCAAUGUUAGUGACAUCAGUGUAGCUUGCACACAGGGAUGUCGAUUUUGGAAUGCAACAGUACAAAAAAGUUGCCCACUGCAAUGUAAUCAGACCUACAUCAGAGCAUGUGAGAGAGUUUCCUGUAAGUUUGGCUGCAGCUGUGCAGAGGAGGCUUAUGGUGCUGAAGUACAAGAUUAUUUGAACACACCUACAGCACCAUUUGCAUCUAACAUUGGAAGCCACAAUGUGACAUUGAGAUGGAAGUUGGCUAAUAUCUCUGGGGUGACAUAUAUUAUUCAGUGGAAGUACAAUCAGCUCCCUGGAGACUGGAGGUAUGCUGAGGUAGUGUCUGAGUAUUCGUACACAGUGAGUAACCUUCAAGCCUUCACAGAAUAUGUGUUUCGAGUAGUUUGGAUCAUCACAUCUCAGAUGCAGCUCUAUUCUCCGUCUAGUCCCAGUUACCGGACUCAUGCAUUUGGAGUUCCUGUUACAGCUCCUAUCAUUAAAGAUAUUCAAAGUUCGGGGUCCGACACCGUGGAAAUUAGUUGGUCUCCACCACUUUUCCCCAGUGGAUUGAUUGUUGGAUAUAAUUUACUGUUAACCAGUGAAAAGCAGGAACUGCGCACAGCAUCCAGAGGUCAAAGUUUCCAGUUCUACUCCACCUUUCCAAACACCACUUACAGGUUUACCAUCGUAGCAGUAAAUGAGGUUGGUGGCGGGCCACCCGCAGAAGCUAAUAUCACUACUCCAGAACCCACAGUUAAGGAAAAAGUGAAAUGGCUCUUUCUAGCCAGAAACCAAUCUCUAAGAAAGAGAUCCAUGGAAUCUUUCUUGGAAGUCGCACAAUGUCUUCAGAAUGAUGUCAUACACCACAGUAUUACAGGGAUUUCUGUGAAUAUUUACCAGCAGGUUGUCUAUUUCUCAGAGGGAAAUUCUAUCUGGGUGAAAGGAGCUGCCAGCAUGUCUGAUGUGUCUGACUUAAAGCUCUUUUAUGCUGGCCCAGGGAAAAUUACAUCAAUCUCAGCAGACUGGCUUUACCAGCGGAUGUACUUUGUCAUGAAUGAGAAGGUAUGUGUCUGUAAUUUAGAGAACUGCACAGUAGCUGAAGAUAUCACUUCUCCUUCCAUUACCUCCCCUAAGAAAAUUGUAGCUGAUCCAUAUAAUGGGUAUGUCUUUUAUCUGCUGGAGGAUGGAAUUUAUAGGGCAAGCCUCCCAGUCUAUCCUGGUCAGGUCCCUGAAGCUUUGCCAAUUGUGAGAAUCGACGCUCUGCAAGACUUUGUGAUAAACUUCCUGUCCAAAAGACUAAUUUACUUCAACAAAACUGAUCAGUCCUUUGUGUCUGGUUUUCUGGAUGGCUCAGAAUUUAACAUCCUGCGACCUCAAGUUUCAUUUAGAGACAUAGAGAGCUUUGUUUAUGAGAACAAUACUUUCGUUGUCACAGACGGCAGGGCAGUUUUCCGUGAGGAGUUGUCUCCAACUGGGAUCAAAGCCUUUAAUGAAUUUUUGGUGGAUUGCGAUUUUACCCAGGCCGAUUAUUUUGGAUACAACAACUUGCUUUCUUAUGGUGCGGCAACACAGCCUUAUCCUUUGCCAACUCAUCCUCAGCUUGUCACAGUGCUGUUUGGAUCAGACCAAGCUGUGGUCUGCUGGAGACCACCUCAACCUACUAUUGGAACCAGUCCUUCCGCCUGGCAGAACUGGACUUACAUUGUGAAGGUAUCAGCCCAACAUGGUGCUGAUGAAGAUCGGAUUGUCUCCGAUAUCAGUGACACUAGGUUUACAAUGAAAGGGCUGACUUACUCCACAGAAUAUCAGGUGUCAGUGAGAGCUCUAUCUCCUGCUGGGGAAGGACCCUGGACAGAGUCUUUUAGGGGCACCACUUUAAAAGAAGUUGAAGAAGAACCUUAUAUCUUGGCUGUGGGGGACGACGGACUUUGGAAGCAGCCGUUGGAUAGUUUUGGGCCGGGAGUAUUCUUCUCUCCUAAUAUAAGAAAUGUCUCAGACAUGGACUGGUAUAAUGACACUCUCUACUGGAGCAACUCAACGGGGGAAGUUCAUAUGUGGUCACUGACUAGAAGAGCUGGUGCCAUUGAGAAGUUUCAUAUAUCUGACAUCAGAAAAGCAAGGAUAGUGGCCUUUGAUUGGUUGGGUCAGUAUUUGUACUGGGCUGGCAAAGCAAAUACGAUCUACAGAAAAUCUCUGCUGGUAGGACACACAGAUGUUGUGGUGCAUGUUGCAUUCCUGGUGAAGGAUCUUGUGGUCGAUGCAAUCAAUGGCUAUCUGUACUGGGCCACAACUUAUUCAGUGGAAAGCACCAGACUGAAUGGAGAGCACUACCUUAUGUUACAAGAGCAGCCACGGUUUUCUGGUAAACAGGUAGUUGCUCUAACCUUGGAUCUCAGUGACGGCUUCCUGUACUGGCUUGUGCAAGACAGCCUGUGCCUAAAUCUGUACAGAGUAUCACUUUGUGGAGAGAGUUGUGGUGAUGCUGUAGUCACUGAAUUUGCAGAAUGGAGUUCUUCAGAAGUAUCCCAUAGUGCACUGCUGUAUUACAGUGGACGGCUGUUCUGGAUUAAUGGCUACCAGUUCAUUACGACUCAAGAAGUCAAUCAGAGUGUUAGCAUCCCCUUUUCGCAACCAGCAGAGUUUGCAGCUUUUACCCUUGCUCAGAGGUCACUUAAACCUCUGCCAGGAAACUUUUCCUUUCCACCCAAAGUGAUUCCAGAUUCAAUUCUGGAGUCUUCCUUUAGGAUUGAAGGGAAUUCUUCACAUUUUCACAUCCUUUGGAAUACUUCCACAACUGUGGAAUGGGGCACUGUCUUCUACUGUGUGGAGUCCAAGGUUCUACAGACCAGGUUUGUGGAUAGUGAACGGUGCCUGCCUCCUCAAAAUCUGACUGUCCCAUCCUACAAAGUCGAAGGGUUGGAGCCCUAUAUGCAGUUUGAUUUUACUGUGACUCCUUAUACGUACUGGGGGGAGGGACCUACGACAUCCAUAUCCCUUCGAGCCCCUGAAGAAGUUCCUUCAGCCCCUGCAAAUCCCAGAAUAUAUGUGUCACAUGAUGGUACAUAUGGCGGCAAAGAGAGAGCUGUAGUGGAAUUUAGGUGGAAUAAACCUAGGAGAGACAAUGGAGCAUUAACAAAGUUCAGAAUUUACUAUCAAAUAGUAAAUCAAAGUGGCACCAAUGAGACUUUUACAGAAUGGAAUAUAAGCAACAUUGCACCCUCUCUGAUGUCCUUUUCGCUCAAGGAUGUGCUUCCCAGGCUGACAGUGAGGUUUCAGGUGCAAGCCUUCACAUCGGCAGGUCCAGGACCGCUAUCUAAUAUAGCAGAAGCUAACUCAUCAGAUUUUUUUCCAGUUCCAGCUCUCAUAACUAUUUCUGCCAACAAGAUGGUCUUUACUGACAUAGACAGAAAUCAGACCAUCCAGAGUCUUUCAGCAAAAGGAUAUAUAAAGGGUGUCUGUUACACUGCUAAUGACGAGACAAUGUAUUAUAGCCAGGAAGAUUCCCUUUUUCUUCUGAAUAUACAGAAUAAUUCCAGGCUUCAGCUUUUCAAACAUGGAUUUCUCCGCAAUGUCACAGCUAUUGCAAUUGACUGGAUUGCAAGACACCUCUUUGUUGCCUUGAAAACAUCACAGAAAGGAACUCAAAUAUUUAUUAUGGAUCUUGAACUCAAGGCAAAAUCCCUUAAAACGUUGAACGUACAGUCAAGUAACAAAUACUUGACUAUAUCAUCUCUCUCAACAUAUCCUUUCUUGAGUCGUCUGUACUGGAUGGAAGCCUUUGAUUCGGGCUGCUGGAUAUUUUAUUAUGAUAUCGUGAAUAAUACCAGGCACCGCAUUUUGGGACACACACCUUUAGAACAUCAGACAAGAAGAAGCUACUGCAGUUGCAAUGUGACAGAAACAGACCUCGGAAGAGCAAUGACUAUAGAUAUGUCUGACUCCAAGAAAUCCCAUAUUUUCUUUAUCAAAGGAAGGGAUGAAAUCUGGGCCUCAGAUUUAGAUGGAUGCCACUGCUGGAGAGUUAUCAAUGUUCCUAGUCUUCAAGACAUGACCAUUGGUAGUUUGACUGUCGACAGACAGUUUAUAUACUGGAGUGUUGUAACAAAAGACUAUACGACAAUUUAUCAAGCAAAUAAAGAAAGCAAACCCCUCUUCUUUCAGGAAAGAGCACAUGAACAGGUGCAAAUCUUAGCCUACAGCACAGCCAUGCAGCCCUACCCAGAUAAAGGAUGCCUGACUCUAGCUUCAAAUACUGAGAAACCUACUAUUCUUAAUAUUACAAACACCAGUUUUACAGUAAGCUUACCGCCUGUCAAAACACAACUUCUGUGCACUGGCAUAACCCGCCCUACUUCAACAUACCUGGUGUACUAUGGAAAAGUUACUAAUGAUGGCAGGAGCUCAGCCCGCUGUUUGUCUGGCCUACAUUGUACAGUAAUGGAACUUCAGGAAAAUACAGCACUUAUUGAAGGCCUACAGCCAUUUUCAAGUUAUGUGAUACAAGCAGCUGUGAAAAACUAUUAUUCAGAUUCUUCUGAGCAGCCACAUUUGGGGAAAGAGACCAUUGGCACAACUCUUUAUGGAGUACCAGAGGCAGUUAACCUCAUUGAGAUACUGGUUCUGUCUGAUGACACCAUCAAUAUAUCUUGGAGUGAGCCUUCACAGCCAAAUGGACCCAUAGACUCUCUCCGCUAUCAAAUUACUGUCAACUUUUUACCCCCAAUUCCUGCAGCUCCUUUGAGAAAAAAUGAAUUUCCAAAUGGAUCACUUGUCUGGUCUAUUAACAGCCUCAAUGGUGGAACAAAUAACGUAUUCAAGGUUCUUGCUUUUCAUCCAGAGAAGAACUGGUUUUCUGAGAGUGCCCCUGUGUUUGCAGCAACGUUUGAGACUCCGCCUGUCCCAGUUCAUAUAAUUGCCAGAAACGCCAGUUGUCAGUUAGAAUGGAGGUCCCCUUUGCAUGGCAACAUAACCAGCUUCUGGUUUGAAUUGCAGAAGUGGCAAACAAAAAACGGCUGGUUUUGUCCUGCAAACAUCACCUGUACGGCAGGUCCCAUGUAUAAAUGUCAUCUCACGGGAGUUCGUCCUGACACCAACUACUUUGUGCGAGCAGCAGUUAUUUACGUAACCGGAGCAAAAAGCACCUCACCUCCAGGAAGCUUUAAAACUAGGGCUGGAGUUCCAAGUAAACCAGGAAUCCCCCAAAUAGCAGAGGAGAAUACAAAUUCUGUACAGUGGGAAAAAGCUGAAGACAAUGGAAGCAAUCUUACCUACCACAUUUUAGAAAGCAGGAAGGGCUCCUGGAACACAAGUGAAAUGAAGCCUUCUUGGGAGAUGGUUUACAAUGGCUCUUGUACCAAUAUAUGCACAUGGAAGGCCAAGAACCUAGAAGGAACUUACCAGUUUCGAGCAGCAGCUGCAAAUAUGCUGGGACUGGGUGAAUACAGUGGCAUCAGUGACAAUAUAGUGUUGGUUAAAGAUGCUACGCCUCGCCCAGAGGCAACCAUUACCAUAGCUGUUGUGACUGGAGUGAUUGCCUUCAUCUUAAUUGUGAUUGCACUGUUUGCUUUUGUCUGGUACCGAAUAUUGAAGUUCAGAAAGUCUGCGCAGCAUGGGCAGAUAGUGCUCGUCAGGGAAGAUAAAGAAUUAGAUCAACUUAGGGGGCUGGCUGAUGCUGUGGGAUUGUCCAAUGCUUGCUACGCUGUGAGCACUCUUCCUACUCGGGCGGAGAUUGAAUCUUUGCCAGCCUUUCCUCGGGACAAACUGAAUUUGCAUAAUCUGCUGGGAAGUGGAGCCUUUGGAGAGGUGUACGAAGGGACUGCAGUAGAUGUCACAGGAGCUGGAAAUGGGGAAUCCAAAGUGGCAGUGAAGACUUUGAAGAAGGGUGCAACAGACUAUGAAAAGAGUGAGUUCCUGAAGGAGGCACACUUGAUGAGCAAAUUUGAUCACCCCCACAUCCUGAAGUUAUUUGGAGUUUGCCUGUUGAAUGAACCCCAGUACAUUAUCCUGGAACUGAUGGAAGGAGGAGAUCUACUCAGCUAUUUACGAGGAGCAAGAGGGCAAAAGUUCCGAGGUCCUUUGCUAAAAGUGGCCGACCUUCUGGCUCUCUGUCUGGAUAUUUGCAAAGGUUGUGUCUAUUUAGAAAAAAUGCACUUCAUUCAUAGGGACCUGGCAGCUCGUAAUUGCCUUGUGUCAGUGAAGGAAUACACCAGCCUCUCCCGAAUAGUGAAGAUUGGGGAUUUUGGACUUGCCAGAGAUAUCUAUAAAAACGAUUAUUACAGGAAAAGAGGAGAAGGGCUGCUCCCUGUGAGAUGGAUGGCACCUGAAAGUCUUAUUGAUGGUGUGUUUACUAACCGAUCUGAUGUAUGGGCUUUUGGAGUCUUGGUUUGGGAAACUUUAACCCUGGGUCAUCAGCCGUAUCCAGGUUACUCCAAUCUUGAUGUAUUACAUCAUGUACAAUCUGGAGGGAGGCUGGAGUUGCCAAACAAUUGUCCUGAUGAUCUAUGGGAUUUAAUGACAAAAUGCUGGGCCCAAGAACCUCACAAUAGGCCUACGUUCUGUUAUAUUCAGGACCAACUGCAAGAACUGAGAAACUCUCCUAAGUGCUGCACUCCCCAGCUUGAGGACAGAAUGCUUUCUACUGGAGUCCUCAACCACGCCUUUGAAGAUGGUGAUGCUCCAUGUACAGAUUCAGAAAGUACUCUUUCAGCUGCUUUAAUGGAAACCAGGAACAUCGAAGGCUUAAACUAUUUGGUACUAGUCAUAGAAAGCAACCAAGAUCAAGAAAACAGAGAUUCAAAUGAGCUGGGUGAAAUCUGA